GUGCAAGUCUGUAACAGUGCCACGGUCAGGGAGCAAGCACUCCUUGCCGUCCCUUCAAAGUAACCCUAGUUUCUCUCUCUCUCUCAGGGUUUCCCGUGAUCCACCGUUAACAUCCAACUCUAAUUAGGGUUCCAAGCGGUGAGGAAACUUGGAAAGAAAUCAAGAUCGUGCCUCCUCGAUUCAUCCGGUUGGAAGCUGCGAUGGAGCCGGAGGUGGUGAAUUCGGAGAUGCUGCUGCCCCCCGUGCUUCCCUUCAAGAGGGUACAGAUGUCGGACAAGUACCCGAAAGGGCACGCCCGAGGCCGCCACUGGAAGCACCUCAAGCAGAUCCUCCAAGCCGAGAACUAUCCCUCCUACCCGGCCAACGAACCCAAUUAUUUAAAUAUUGAGACACCUCCAUCCAUGUAUCCGUCAAAGAAAUUUUGUGAUAUAACAGGUUAUGAGGCACAAUACAUAGACCCAAGGACAAACCUGCGCUAUGCAAACCCGGAUGUCUUCAAGCGCAUAAGAAUGCUUCCUGAUGAUCAUGUCCAAAGAUAUCUGGCUUUGAGAAAUGCAGCGGUUGUUUUGAAAUAGCAUUUGUCCUCAGUAACAGGGUAGAGACAAAAGAAUGUUGAUUUAGAGCUUCCGCUUUCUUUUAGGGAAGCAAUGGAAAACUUGUGAGGUGCUCCUUGUAAUUAUGAUUUUAAUGUUCGGUUGUUCAUAGCAUUUGUAUAUUUGCUGGUAAGUUGAACACAGUGAAACUACCUCUUCAUAGCUAUGGGAGAUUUGAAGGGAUUGUUUUGUAUUUUGGUUGUGGCAAUGUCAGUGCUUUUCUGCAA